AUGUUAUUCUACUUUCCUACGAAGCGAAUAAUACUCACGUUUGCUUUAAUUUCCCUUAUAGUCAUUGCACUUACUGCUACCUACAACUACAAACCGGUUAUAAAUUCUCGUGAAUAUAAUGCUCUCGGAAAUUAUACCCAAAUAUCUGUUCUUCAGCCCGAACACCAUAAUAAGCGACUGAUAUUUAUAGGAGACGUACAUGGAAUGCUGCAUGAGUUGGAGGAAUUACUCAAUAAGCUAAAGUAUAAUAAAGAAAGAGAUCACUUGAUAUUUGUUGGCGACUUGGUAACUAAGGGACCUCAUUCACUCGAAGUUGCGAGACAUGUUCAUGAUCUCGGUGCUAGUUGUGUGAGGGGCAACCAUGACGACAAGGUGUUGAAAUGGAAACAAUAUCUGAGACUUCUUGAAGAAGAUGGACUUGAUCUGAGUGAACAUAUUCAAAGGGGAUGGCUGCCUAAAGAUCUCGUGGCCAAUAGUGAGCAUGAGAUGUUGGCAAGAAAAUUGGACGAGAGUGCUUAUCAUUAUUUGCAGCAAUGUCCUUUGAUCCUCGAGAUCAAAGAUUUAGGGAUUUAUGUUGUACAUGCAGGCCUGUUACCACAUAUACCCCCGGACCAACAGAAACCAUUUGAUCUUAUGAAUAUGCGCAACAUACGAAACGAUGGAUCUGCAUCCAAAUCCAAAAAGUACGGACAACCGUGGUCUAUAAUAUGGAGUGAUGCCCAGGAAAAUUCGCCAACUCCAAAGACUGUCGUCUAUGGACAUGAUGCAGCGAGAGGAUUGACGCUGAGACGAUAUUCCUUUGGAAUUGACUCUGCCUGUGUCAAAGGCGGUCAACUGACCGCUUUGAUCUGGAAUGAAAAUCAGAGAAUUGUUUCUGUACCGUGCAUUGUCGAUGCGGCCAAUACGAAUACAAAUAUUUCUCGACAUUAA